AUGCUCGCCAGAUCUGCCGCCAUCGCGUUGAUCUUAGCAUCCGCUGCAUCAGCAUCUCCCACUCUCCGCAUGCGCGAGGACAAAUGCACAAUCGCCUACGACUCGUGCGUCGCCGCAGGAACUGCUGAAGUCAUCUGCUCAUGCGACCGGACCGCUUGCUACGGUGAGGACGCCGCGCGCAUCCGCGAAUGGUGCUCAUCCCAAAUCGCCCUCCUCCCAAAGACGACCUCAACAGCUACUUCAGCGGCGGCCUUCUCUUCUAUCUCCGGUAUCCCCGGCGGCUGCAAUCCAGCUCACCCCGGAUCGUGCCCUACACCAACCUCUGCUCCAGCUGCCACCUUUUCGUCCAUCUCUGGCAUUCCAGGAGGUUGCAACCCUGCCCACCCAGGAUCAUGCCCUACGCCCUCUGCUGGAUCUCAACCAGCCGCUGUCCCUACACCAACUGCUGCCCCUUGCCCUGCGGUAACCGGAACACCAAACUCCAGCCCCAAACCCGUUGAGGGCAAGACAUGGACCGUCUCGAACCUAAGCCGCUACUGCAUCGACGGAAACUCGGGUUGCGACUACAACUUCGACUUCACCGCGGAUGGCAAGACCGAGCACUGCACUGUUAUCCGCAUGCCCGGCGCCAACGCUGCUACCGAGAGCUGGUCCAACCAGUCGUGCGGUACUGAUCUGACCGUCUCUUGGGGAUACACCGCGCAGCCCGCGCCUGCAUUCGCUGUUAUCACUGUCAGCAAGUGCAGUGAGCUCGCUUGGUUCGGCGUUUCUGAUGUCAAUGGCGGAAAGGUUUCGCCCAGCAGCCCCUUCGGCUCCGGUGACUUUGGCACUCUUCCUGCCUCGCCUGUUUACACUUACUACUAG